AUGGGUUUCAACACAUGGAGCUCUUUUGCCCUGCGCGUGAACGAGGAGGACGUGAGACAAACAGCAGACCUGCUGGUCUCCCUAGGCUUGAAAGACAUGGGAUACACAUACCUUGUCCUUGACGAUGGCUGGUCGGAGCAUGAGCGCACCCCGGAUGGGGACCUGGUGGCCGACUAUUCGCGCUUUCCGGGGGGCAUGGCAGCCCUGGCGGGACACAUCCACGCCCGCAACCUGAGCUUCGGCAUGUACGCCGACUCCGGCACCUCCACCUGCGGCGGCUACCCCGGCUCCCGCGGCUUCGAGGCCCGGGACGCCGCCGCGUUUGCGGGUUGGGGCGCAGACUACCUCAAGUACGACAACUGCUACCCCAAGGAGGGGGACUCGGUGCGCGCGAGGUACGGCGCCAUGCGCGACGCGCUCAACGCCACGGGUCGCCCCAUACUCUUCAGCCUGUGCGAGUGGGGGGUGGAGGAGCCCUGGCUCUGGGGCCGCGCCGUUGGCAACUCCUGGCGCACCACCGGCGACUCCUCCGCCUCCUGGCUCAGCCUGGUCAACAACCUGGACAACAGCGUGGGCCUGGCGCGGUAUGCUGGGCCGGGGGCAUGGAACGACCCAGACAUGCUCCAGGUGGGCAACCCAGGGCUGACCCUGGGGGAACAGCGCGCCAACUUAGCGCUCUGGUCCCUGCUCAAGUCGCCCCUGAUGAUCAGCACCAGGCUGCAGGAGCUGAGCAACGCGUCUGCCGCCAUCCUCAUGGCCGCUGAGGUGGUGGCCAUCAAUCAGGAUGACCUUGGCGGGUCCAAGGAGAUCUACGCCGGGCCGCUCGCGGGCGGGGAUCGGGCCGUGGUGUUCUUCAACCGUGCCGAACAUGACGAGGGGGCGGCAGGGGCCCGUUUCACACUGCGCACAGAGCAGGUCGGGUACCAGGAAGACACCGCGGUGCGCGUGCGCGACCUUUAUGCACGGCGCGACAUCGGCACCUUCCGCGGCAGGUUCUCCGCGCGGGUGCCGCCGCACGACGUGCUUGUGCUGAGGCUGACGCCGGAGGCGGCGCCGAUUUUGGAGUGGGAGGGCGGCCGGUGGCCCCGAGAUGAUGGGUGGAGGCCGUGGACCGGGCAAGCCAUCUACGCUGAGCACGAGGAGGACCUGGAGAACAUCCCCAGGCGCAAGACGGAAGGGGAUGAUGAUGCGCUGGAAGACGCCGCAGUUGCGAUUUGA